GAAGAAAUGUUUACAAAUAUAGAAUGCCAGAUUGUUGCGCUGGAUUUUCGUGGGCAUGGAAAUACAAAAACUGAUAAUGAUGGUGAUUUAUCUUUGGAGACUUUGACUGAGGACGUAAUUAACGUUGCCAACGCCAUUGCACCCGCUGGACAGUCAUCAAUAGUGUUAGUAGGACACAGCAUGGGCGGAGCAAUCGCUGUUAAUGCAUCAUAUCAAAUACAAAGCUUAGUGGGAUUGUGCGUUAUUGAUGUGGUGGAAGGUACAGCUUUAGAUGCACUUUCGUCAAUGCAGAGUAUUUUAAGAGGACGCCCCACACAUUUUAAAAGUAUACCUCAUGCGAUUCAGUGGUGCUAUAAAGGUGGCCAAUGUCAUAAUCUGGAGGCAGCAAGAGUAUCAAUGCCUGGGCAAAUUGUCAACGUGCAGUCAGGAGCCAUGGCAUGUGAUGAAUGGAAUCUUUUUGAGAACAUGAAUGUACCAGAUAUGCCACAUUCUGCAGAGAGUUCUUUCAGAUCAUCGAACUUCACUAUCAGAGAAGGUGUUGAAGAAGUUGCUGAUCACGAUGUAUGUGGCAAGCCUCCGUUGGCAGAAGAAAAAACGUUCAAAGUGCCGACCACAUCGACUGGAAAAGGAGAUGAAGGUUCAGGGUAUACUUGGAGAAUUGACUUAAGCAAAACCGAAACGUAUUGGAAACACUGGUUUCAAGGCUUGAGCGAAAAGUUUCUAGGUACCAAUGUCCCAAGGAUUUUAAUGCUGGCAAACAUUUCCGGUUUGGACACAAAACUUACAGUAGGCCAAAUGCAAGGUAAAUUCCAGUUGCAAGUAUUAGCUAAAACAGGACAUGCAGUGCAUGAAGAUCAGCCACAUCAAGUAGCGGAAAUACUCAGCAUUUACCUCGUGAAGCAAAAAUGUGCUACAACAAAAGCUGGAUUCGUCAUGCCUCUACAUCCCAAUGUUUGCUGUUAAUUAAAAAUUAAUUUUGUUUUAAUGCAAGUUGCAUUUUAAUUUGAAUCGAGAUCAUGCAGUUUUUACGUUAAUUUAUAAUCAGAAUAACUGAUAACUGAUACCGCUAAAUUUUGAUCAUUUGUAUUAAAAUGGUAGUGUAGUAUUUUACAGUUAAAUGUUUUAAGUUUUAUUGAACUCAAUAAAAGGAUGCUCAUUAACUGCA